CGUACGGUUCGAACAAAAAAAAAGCGGAAAAAGCGGAACAAACGACGGUUCCGCUGGAUCGACCAGACUUUUCGCUGCUUGUGGAAAGUGUUGAAAAAAUGCUGGAAAAUCAGCUUAGGGUAGGCGAAAAAGCCGCCGGCAUUCGAUCGGUAACGUAAUUGAAUUCGGGGCAGUGGAUUGAAAAUAAAAUUGAAUUUCGUGCCAAACAAAUAGCAAAACGAUAAACUAGUCGUUAAAUUGAAUAUACAAAUUGGUGUUUUGAUUAAAACUAAUAAACAUAAACACUGGAACCGAACCGCAGAGUAGCAGGCAAAGCACAAGCGGAAUUUAAUUUUAAAUACAAUUUCUUUGUGUUUCGGUGCUUGCAAUUGGCUGACAUUGCUCAUACGCCGCGUUGGUGCUGCGAGAAAGGGGAAUAUAGCAGCAUAGUUCCUGGUCGAGCAGUUGGCAAAUGGAAAGCAAAUAAGGAAAAGCAAACGCGAUACGCAACAUUAACUCGGAAAUCCCACAGUCAGGUUAAAGACAAAGCGAAAGUAGGUACUCCGGGGUGCGGAAAAUGACAUCAGCCAUGGAGAAUCGCAGUGACUUUCAGACGGAUGACUACUCCGACCUCAGCUGGAGCAGCUGGAGCAACUGGAGCACCCCCGCGGCCGCUCUCCACUCGGCCAUGAGCAGUGUCCUCGUGGCCACCAACACAACGCCGUUUCCCGAUUUUGGCCAGGACCUCGGCCUGUCCACCAGCUCCUUCAAUCACAGCCAAACCCUAUCCACAGACUUGCCCACCACCGUCGACGUGGAGGAUGCGGCAGCGUCCAUGGAGACGGGCUCGUUUGCAUUUGUGGUCCCAUGGUGGCGCCAGGUGCUCUGGAGCAUACUCUUCGGCGGCAUGGUCAUUGUGGCGACUGGUGGCAACCUGAUUGUAGUCUGGAUUGUGAUGACGACCAAGCGGAUGCGGACGGUAACCAACUAUUUUAUAGUGAAUCUCUCCAUCGCGGACGCCAUGGUGUCCAGUCUGAACGUCACCUUCAGCUACUACUACAUGCUGGACAGCGACUGGCCCUUCGGGGAGUUCUACUGCAAGUUGUCCCAGUUCAUCUCCAUGCUGAGCAUCUGCGCCUCCGUGUUCACCCUAAUGGCCAUCUCCAUCGACAGGUACGUGGCCAUCAUCAGGCCGCUGCAGCCGCGGAUGAGCAAGCGAUGCAAUUUGGCCAUUGCGGCAAUCAUCUGGCUGGCCUCCACGCUCAUCUCCUGCCCCAUGAUGAUCAUCUACCGGACGGAGGAGGUGCCCGUCAAGGGCCAGAGUCCCCGGACCGUCUGCUAUCCGGAGUGGCCCGAUGGCAUGACAAAUCAUUCGAGGCUGGAGUCCAUCUACAACAUCCUCAUCAUCAUUUUAACCUACUUCCUGCCCAUCGUUUCGAUGACGGUCACCUAUUCACGUGUGGGCAUCGAGCUCUGGGGAUCCAAGACCAUUGGCGAGUGCACGCCCCGUCAGGUGGAGAAUGUGCGCAGUAAACGGAGGGUGGUGAAGAUGAUGAUUGUGGUCGUCCUGAUAUUCGCCAUCUGCUGGCUGCCGUUCCACAGCUACUUCAUCAUCACAUCCUGCUAUCCGGCCAUCACCGAGGCACCCUUCAUCCAGGAACUCUACCUGGCCAUCUACUGGCUGGCCAUGAGCAACUCCAUGUACAACCCCAUUAUAUACUGCUGGAUGAAUUCGCGCUUUCGCUAUGGUUUCAAGAUGGUUUUCCGCUGGUGCCUCUUUGUGCGUGUGGGCACGGAGCCCUUCAGUCGGCGGGAGAACCUGACAUCCCGGUACUCCUGCUCCGGUUCUCCGGAUCACAACCGUAUCAAGCGCAAUGAUACCCAGAAAUCCAUACUUUAUACCUGCCCAAGCUCACCGAAAUCGCAUCGAAUUUCGCACAGCGGAAUAAAUCGCAAUGCGACGCUGAGGAGUAGUCUACCGGCGGAGUCGAAAUCAACUGGCGGAGGACACAGGAAGAGGAUGUCCUAUCAGCAGGAGCUGCAGCAGCGAUGGUCGGGUACGAAUAGUGCCACCAACAAUGGUGGCAGCAGUACGGCCAAUACCACACAACUGCUCUCCUGACAGCCGGCCAUCGCCAUCCAGGUGGUGCCGCCGGAGAGCCUGGAGAUGCAGACCCAGAUCGUCUGCUCCUCGCCCUACAACAACAACUACCGACGCACCAAUCCUGGAAUGGGCGAAAGGGACUCGUCUGAAAAUGACAAAACCUGGCUCUAAGCUAAUUUAAGGUCUCGAAUUUAUACUUUUACAAAGGUCAUUGGAGUUAAUUGGAAGCCUAGAAGGCCAGAAGCCUGGUAGCCAAUUAGACUAUAUUACAAUUCAUUCUUGAAGAAACCAAAGCUAAGUUAGGAUAUCGUCCUUGCCCCUCGAACAUAUCAGAUAUAGCUGGAUUACAGACCGUAACCCACUAAUUGGGAAUUUUCAAUCAAAAAUAGGUUGCAAGAAACCCAAUACUCUGUUGUACUUCAGUGCAAAUGGUUGUUGGGACAAGGUAAAUCGAAAUUAAACUGCUACAUCUUUUGAGCCAAGAAGUGGGUUUCCCAUUAAGCUAACUGAUCCAUUUGUGUCACUGUAAAUAUUCGGAUUGGUUCCUACAAACUGUGUGUUUUUAAUUCUUCUCAACGCUUUACGGCUGCUUGCUUAAGUUGUAACAAAUAAACAAAUGACUACGAAUGUGAAUGUACGUGUAAAUAUAAAUGUAUGAAUUUAAAUGUUAUUGCGAAUAAAGCGACUUUCUCCAUCA